AUGCUCAGAGCUACUAAACCAUACCACAGGUUGAUUCGUUUCAACUCCACAAAAUACUUUUCUGCAGAACCCAAAGCUCCGAUAUUGGCAACUGGAGCAAUUCCAGGGCCAAAAUCAAAACAGCUCAAUCAAGAAUUGGGACAGGUUUACGAUAAUGGUGCCACAUAUUUUGUAGCAGAUUACUUCAAUUCCGUUGGUAAUUAUAUCAGUGAUGCUGAUGGUAAUAAACUAUUGGACGUCUAUUGUCAAAUUUCGUCUAUCCCGUUAGGUUAUAACAACCCAAAGUUAAUUGAGGCUGCAAGGUCGGAUGAGAUGGUUUCAUCUAUUGUUAACCGUCCUGCUUUAGCGUGCUUCCCUCAAUCUAAUUAUAAAGAUAUUUUAGAGCAAGGUUUACUUGCAGCAGCCCCUCCAGGUAUGAAUAAAAUUUGGACUUCGUUGAGUGGUUCUGAUGCUAAUGAAACUGCUUACAAGGCUGCAUUUAUGUACCAACAUUCCAAGCUCAGAAAAGGCGAAUUCACCCAAGAAGAAUUGUCAAGUGUGAUGGAGAAUAAAGCACCAGGUGCUUCCGAGAUGGUUAUUUUAUCGUUUGAAAAGAGUUUUCACGGGAGAUUAUUUGGUUCGUUAUCAACUACAAGAUCAAAAGCUAUACACAAAUUAGACAUACCUGCUUUCCCAUGGCCAAAAGCACCAUUUCCAAAAUUAAAGUAUCCAUUGAACGAGUUUGAAGCCGAAAAUAGAAUUGAAGAAGAAGAAUGUUUGAAAGAAUUAGAGCUGAUUAUUGAAAACUCAUCGAAACAAAUUGCUGCUGUGGUUGUUGAGCCUGUUCAAUCGGAAGGUGGUGAUAACCAUGCCUCCUCAUUCUUUUUCCAAGGAGUUCGAGAAUUGACCAAAAAACACGGGAUUUUAUUAAUUGUGGAUGAAGUUCAAACUGGUGUUGGUGCUACAGGGAAAUUUUGGGCACACCAACACUGGAAUUUAGAUUCUCCACCUGACAUGGUUACUUUCUCGAAAAAGUUCCAAGCAGCAGGGUUUUAUUUUGGUAAUCCAGACUUGCAACCAAAGCAACCGUUUAGACAAUUUAACACUUGGUGUGGUGACCCAUCAAAGGCUAUUUUAGCAAGAGCUAUUUACAAAGAGAUUGUUGAAUCCGAUUUGGUAAACAGCACAGCAAAAGUUGGUGACUACUUGUUUAAAGGAUUACAAACCAUUGUUGCCAAAACUGAUAAGUUUACAAAUUUGAGAGGAGAGAAUUUUGGAACUUUUAUUGCAUGGGAUUGUUCUAGUGCAGAUGUGAGAGCCAAAGUGAUACAGGGAUGUAAGGAUAGAGGAGUCAAUAUGGGAGGAUGUGGUGAUGUAGCAAUAAGAUUGAGACCAACAUUGUUGUUUGAGAAAAAGCACGCUGACAUCUUUUUGAAUAUUUUAGAAGAUGUGACACUAUCGAGCUGA